AUGAGCUCCCUCAAGCAGUUCAUCCGCAACGUGCGUGCCGCCAAGACCAUUGCAGACGAGCGAGCCGUCGUGCAGAAGGAGAGUGCCGCCAUCCGUGCCAGCUUCCGCGAGGAGAGCCACGACUCCAACGUCCGAAGGAACAAUGUCGCCAAGCUGCUGUACCUCUUCACCCUGGGUGAGCGUACCCACUUCGGCCAGAUCGAGUGCUUGAAGCUGCUGGCCUCGCCGCGCUUCGCCGACAAGCGUCUGGGCUACCUGGGCACCAUGCUGUUGCUGGAUGAGAACCAGGAGGUCCUGACGCUGGUCACCAAUUCGCUCAAGAAUGACUUGAACCAUCCGAAUCAGUACAUUGUCGGCCUUGCCUUGUGCACCCUGGGCAACAUCGCCUCGAUCGAAAUGUCCCGCGAUCUUUUCCCCGAAAUCGAGACCAUCCUCUCCAGCGCGAACCCCUACAUCCGCCGGAAGGCUGCCAUUUGCGCCAUGCGAAUCUGCCGCAAGGUGCCCGACUUGCAGGAGCAUUUCUUCGAGAAGGCCAAGAUGCUCCUCUCGGACCGGAACCACGGUGUCCUGAUCUGCGGCCUGACAUUGGUUACCAGCAUGUGCGAGGCCGACGAGGAGGAGGGAGACGAGCUCGGUGUCAUCGAAAUGUUCAAGACGCUGACACCGCACCUCGUGAAGAUGCUGAAGAGUCUCUCGGCCUCGGGAUACACCCCCGAGCAUGACGUCAAUGGCAUAACCGAUCCCUUCCUUCAGGUCAAGAUCCUGAGGUUGUUGCGUGUCUUUGGACGUGGUGAUCCCCAGACCAGUGAACAGAUCAACGACAUUCUCGCACAGGUUGCCACGAACACGGACUCCUCCAAGAACGUUGGAAACUCCAUUCUUUACGAAGCUGUCCUUACUAUUCUGGAUAUCGAAGCAGACUCGGGUCUACGCGUCCUUGGCGUCAACAUUUUGGGUAAAUUCUUGUCUAACCGGGAUAACAACAUCAGAUAUGUUGCCCUGAAUACCCUCAUCAAGGUUGUGGCCGUGGAGCCAAAUGCCGUGCAGAGACACCGGAACACCAUCUUGGACUGCCUGCGAGACCCCGAUAUCAGCAUUCGGAGGAGAGCUCUGGAUCUAAGCUUCACUUUGAUCAACGAGCAGAAUGUCCGGGUCUUGAUUCGAGAAUUGCUGUCCUUCUUGGAGGUUGCCGAUACUGAGUUCAAACCAGUCAUGACCACCCAGAUUGGCAUUGCUGCCGAUCGGUUUGCUCCAAACAAGAGAUGGCACAUCGACACCAUGCUCCGGGUCCUCAAGCUGGCUGGCAACUAUGUCAAGGAACAAAUUCUUGCGUCCUUUGUCCGCCUUGUUGCAAAUACCCCUGACCUUCAGACCUACACCGUGCAGAAGCUGUACGCCAGCCUCAAGGAUGACAUCACGCAAGAAGGUCUGACACUCGCUGGCUCUUGGGCCAUUGGCGAGUAUGGAGAUGCGUUGUUGCGUGGUGGCCAGUAUGAAGAGGAGGAAUUGGUCAAGGAUAUCAAGGAGAGCGACAUUGUCGAUCUCUUUGGCACCAUUCUCAACAGCAAUUACGCUGGCCAGAUUGUUACGGAGUACAUCAUCACAGCCGCCAUGAAGCUGACCACCCGCCUUUCCGACGCCGCACAAGUAGAACGCCUCAGACGGCUGAUGCUAUCCCACCAAACUCAUCUGGAUGUGGAGAUCCAACAACGCGCUGUGGAGUAUGGCAACCUCUUCGCGUUUGAUCAGAUCAGACGAGGUGUUUUAGAAAAGAUGCCACCUCCCGAGAUUCGCGAGUCCCAGAGAGUGCUUGGUGAAGCAUCAACGAAGAGCAAGCGCUCAUCGAAGAUUGGGGCGAAGAAGAAGCCCAGCCAAGUGACUGAAUCAGACAUGCUGCUCGAUCUGAUGGGAGGCUCUGAUGGACCUGGGCCUGAACCAAGCUCAGCGACCAAUGGCUCCAACAACGCCGAUCUUCUGGCAGAUAUCCUCGGGGGCGGCUCGCCUGCCCCUCAAACCACCUCUCCGCCGCCGGCGGGAGGCUCAAACGUCAACGCUAUCAUGGAUCUUUUCAACACACCGAGUCAGAGCAGCACGCCGGUUCCCCAAGCAGCAAGACCGCCGCCGUCGGCAGACCUGUUUGGUGGUCUGGCAUCUCCCCCUCCGCAGACCGCAACACCUCCGCCCGCAGCUGCUCCCGCACACCCGGCUUACAACAAGAACGACCUCGCAAUUGUGUUUCAAGUGCAGCGCAGUGGUAGCACGGCGCUCAUCAUGGCGCGAUUCCGUAACACCAGCGCCUUUGACCAUCUUAGCAACGUCACGCUACAGGCUGCGGUCCCGAAGAGCCAGAAGCUGCAAUUGCAGGCAAUCAGCAACGGCGAGCUUGACGGAGGCCAGGAGGCUACGCAGCAGAUGAGGGUUGCUGCGGUCAAUGGUGCUCUGCCACCGAAGCUACGUCUCAGACUGAAGAUCGGUUAUCAGAAGAACGGAGAGAACGUCCAGGAACAGGUCGACUGGUCAGAGCCCUCGUAA